AUGAAAGCAGCCAGGAAAGACCAUGAGGCAGCAGCAACCAAUUCUGAGGUGGAGUCUUCAGCCAGUUUCGCCGAGACACCGUCGACCUCAGGUGACCCGGGAGCGGGACAGUCCAACACUGCUUCUCCUCCAACUGUCACGAGCACCUCCACCGCCUGCUUCAGGGGGUCUGGGGACCGGGAGAGUCCAUGUCGGACGUGGGGGGUGAGCAGGCAGACGUUCCUCGUCUACCUGCAGACCCUGAUCAGCUACGCGCUGGAUCCGAGCUUCCUGGAUGAAGUUGAAGAAGAUGGAGACAUGUAUUUCCUGAUGGCCAUCGAGGCUGUGGAAACAAAGGUCAGGGAGGGCAAAGAUCGGGUCAUGCAGAGCGUGACCUUUGACCCAGAGUUCAAGAUUCUAUGA